AUGAGUUAUUUCAGUCAAGAAGGCAUGAAUGCCAGCACCAAGGGACAACUGAAAUCCUUCGUGACAGAAACCGAGUUAGAAGACCUCAGGCGUCAGCGUGAGGAAGAAUGGAAGAAAGUUAAAGAUGAAAGUAGUAAAUCUGUUAUUGAUCGACCAGAGGAAUUAACUGACAGGAGAUCGUUGUAUGAACAAUUACAAGAACAAAAAACUAAGAAACAAGAAGAAUGGGAUGAACAAUUUAAAUUCAAAAACAUGAUUCGCGGCCUAGACGACGAUGAAGCCGAUUUUUUAGAUAACUCAAAUCAAUUACAAGCUGAUUUAGAGACCUUAAUAAAUGUAUAUGAAGCUGUUAGCUCGUUAGCUUCUAAGGAAGUUGAUAAUAAACCUAUAGUCGAAACUCACAAAUCGUAUCCUCCUGAGAUUAUAAAGAACAACAAGAAAACGCAGUCCCAAUUGCUAUCAGGAUUAGUUAGACAGAGGAAAAGGAGCUUUGAAGAGAAAGAAUCAAAGCCCAUUGAUUCUGAUACUAGACAAUCUGAUGCCAAAAAAAUCAAGCCGACAACUACCUCGAGUCCACCGGAUGAAACUGCUAUUGCUAUUCCUGGCAUUGGUGUUUACUCAGAUUCUAGUAGCUCUGAAGAAAAUGAUUAA